UUUGAAGGAACCGUUGGAGUUUGUUGACAAAGAGCCGAUCGAGCAGCAGCCUCUCUCGCACCUGAGCUCUGUGCGAAGAGAUGAGGGGAAGAGUCAGUGUGAGGCUCAGUCCGAAUGAGGAGGCGCAGCUGGAGAGACAGGAGCUGCACAGGAGGAGGAAACUGCGCCUGCAGCAGGUGCGCGAGCAGGAGCGCUUCAUCGCGCGGCAGGUGCGCGCGCAGGUGCAGGAGCGCAGACAGCAGCAGCUGCAGACGCUCGCGGACUCUCUGCAGCUCCAGUGGCAGCAGCAGCAGAUACUCAGACUACAGGCUUUAUCCACACACUACCAGCAAAGCCUGGACUCUGUCGGACACGGACACCGCAGCGCUCAGGAGAAUGAGCCUGAUCUGGAGGCGCUGGCUCAGAGGAGUGUGGAGAGGCGGGAGCGUGCGGACGAGAGACACCGGGAGGCUCUGAGAGAGCUCAGCACCCGCAGACAGCAGGAAGAGCAGCAGCAGCGACGGCACACUGAAGCGCGGAGGAAAGCUCUGCUGGAGGAGAAGAGGAGAGCGGAGAGAGUGGCCAGUCUGCCGCCCCCUCGUCCAGACCCAGUGGAGAGCAUCGGGAAGAAGACGCCACGUCCGCUGAGGCCAGCCGCAGCAGAGCGUUUCUCUCUCACACACUGUCACAUGACCGCUGUGGACCGAGAGACUGACCCCGAGCACCAGCCGAGCGCUCAGCAGGCCGCAGCGCUGGAGGUCCAGCGUCUGGAGGAGCUGCGGCGAGAGGAGGCUCGUGACCGGCAGGAGCGGCUGGAGAGAGCACGUCUGAGAGGAAACCACGCGCUGCGGACAGAGCAGCACACACAGGAUCGUGCGCGGCUGCUCUGUGAGCUGGAGCGUCUGCAGCAGGCUGAUCUGAUGCGCCGCAGGCAGACAGUGAAUGCCGUCCCAGCUCAGAUCUUCCAGCCUCUCUACAGACAGCAGGAGCUGCGGGACGAGCAGCAGCGGGAGCUCGAGAUCGCCUUCCAGGACGUGUGCACGGAGGAGCGCAAGGUCAAAGGUGACUUGGUGCUGCAGCUGGUGCCCGAACCUCUUCCUCCCCUGUCCUCCUCUAGUCAUGAUGAGGAGCUGGAUGUGACCCUUGACCCUGAAGGGGAGGAGCCUGAGACCCCGGGAUCUGAAACGGCAGCUCCUCCGGCUGACGCGGGCAGACAGGCUCUGAGCAGACUGCUGGAGCGCAUCAGGAGGCAGAGAGAUCAGAGGAGCCGCCAGCAGACCGCAGACACGCCAGAGACGUCACGUGACGGAGACACACAGGAGGAGGCCUUGAGUGUUGAAACUGGAUCCUUGAGCAGCCAGGAAAAAGCAUCAGGAGGCAGUUUAGAGCAGGAGACGCCUAGCACAACACACACUGAGGACGCGCCUGAUGUUAGUGAUGAAGCCGUGGUGGCAGGAACGGUGCUGCCGCCGGAGGAGCGGGUCCAUGUGGAGAGCGAGAGAGCGCACAUGGAGCAGCCGACCCAUGUGGAGGCGCUGUUGAGACAGCAGCAGGAGCAGCUGGCUCUGCUGGAGGAGCUGGAGGAGAAACGCCGUGAGCUGGAGCAGCGCUUGAGAGACACUCAGCAGACCAGCGCCACACUGCAGGAAGCUGCUCGCAGGCAGAGCACAACACUUCCUGAACCGCCUGCAGAGGUCAGGUCAGAUGUCACGCAGACGCAGAGACUCCAUCAGUACCAGCAGAGACUCCUGGAGCAGAACAGACUUCAUAAGAAGUGUGUUGAAGAAGCUCGCCGACGGCUGGAGGAAUAUCAGCAUACUCUGAAGUUACGAUACACCAUUGGCAGCACGUCAGCAGCACUGCAGCAGCCUUCUGUUCCUCUGGAGACACCAUCUGCCCACCGCCCUGCACUUCCUCUCGUUCUCAACCCCGAUGCUCAUGUCCUGCAUCCAGGAGAAGCACCUGCUCCGUCACAGCCUCCGCAGCCAAAGCCCUCUGGAUCUGAAUCCAGCUCACCGCAGGGUGGACAGGAAGACCGUGUUCCUGAGCAGGACCGGCUUCCUCUUCCUCCCCCCUCCGUGGUUCUGGAGCUCCUGCGCAGCCGGCAGCAUCAUGCAGUGCCGCGGUCCUCUGAGGUCAGUGGUUCAGUGACAGAGCUGUCCUUCGGUCCAGUCCAGACUUCAGUGCGAUCGGUGCCGCUGCUUCAGGACAGACAGGAGCUGAGGAGACAGAGAGACCUCCUGCAGGCUCUGAUCACAGCAGACAGACAGGGUUCAGCGUCGAGCUUCAGUGAUGUUCAGACAGACCGGACGACUUUGAACACUUUGCUAAAUGCCAUUGAGGAAGCUAACGGCCACACCAGAGCCCUGACAGCACCCAGCCAACAAGACGGAGCCACACACACCACGACAGUCCUCUCAAACAGCUCUGUGUGUGAUCCAGCCCCAGUGCAUCGUGGGCGAGUGAAGCCGCCAGUGUCUCGUCCACCCGCCCGUUUGGCCUUCUUACGGCAGAUGGAGCAGCAUGAACUCAGUGCUAUACAGGAAGUGGAUUCGCCAGUCAACAUCAGCCUGGACGCAGAGCUGCAGUCUGUUGAUGUGAGCGGGUCCAGCAGCACGUCUCUGCCCGCCAUCUCCUCUGAAGACGCUCACAGCGUGGCUCACAGGUCACAGGUCACGGGCAGAAGCAGCCGCAUGUCCUGGAGAGAGACACUCCUGUGUGACUCCACAGCCUCAGCGAGUCCGUCCAGCAUGAAUCCCCAGCACGAGUGCUUUGGUGCUGUUGGUCCAGACUACCUCUCAUCCACUACGAUCUCGACAGGAAGCUACUCCACUAGUGACCAUGAGCCCAGUUACGCCAUUUCAGAUGCGUCUCAUCUCUGCAUCGAGCCUGACGUGUGUGGCCGGUCACCCAAAUCCAGUUCCUGUCACAUGACCACUGACCAGGCACAGGAAAUGAGAGACUCUGCGCAGCAGAUCAUAGAUAAAUACAGCAAAGAGCUGAGCGCUUCACUGAGGCGCGCGGGAGUGACCUCAGGUGCAGUGAACAGCAGCUCAGCGUCUCCGUCCUGGUCCAGUGCGCUUCAGGAGGAGUGUUCACUGCAUGAUGGAGACGCAGCGGAGCGCAGGAGCAGCUCUCACAGUUCAGCCGAGCUCUCAGGUGUUUUCCAGCCGCUACAGCCUCAUCCAGACGUUGACUCUUCCUCUUCAUCAUCUAGAAAUGCAGUGCGAGCUGAUCAGAGCACUAGAGCACAGGGCUGGAGCGAGGCUGUAAACCGGAUCCUGGAGCGCCUCUCUGAUCAGUUAUCCAUCAGACGGAGCGAGCAGGGUCACGGCACCACGUCCGCUGAACCUCGUCUGUCGCCCUCCGUGUGUGGUGAUCAGCACUCGUCCACUGUGAGGCAGACCCGGACCGGUCACGUGCACAGCACACUCUGGAGCGCUGAGGAUCGGUCAGCCUCUCCUGAUCAGUUUGCCUUCAGCCGGUUGAUUGGUAGAGCGUCAGAUAUGGGUUCGUCUCAGGUGUUUGAUCAGAGCAGCGUCCUCGCCGAUGGACCGGAGGAAGUGACUCAGAGCACAGCUGCAGGACCAGCGCAGCGCUUCAGUCCGGUCAGAUCAUCGCUCCAGCCGUCAGCGUCACAGAUGAUGACCGAUGAGCCACAGGACGAUGCAUCAGAUUUGUUUCUUCCUCUGCCUUCUGAAGUCACUGCCAAUGAGACGGCAGACUGUUCGAGGGCUCUCUGUGUCCCGCUGGAGGCAGAACCGUGCUGCGCUGCUGAAGCCUCUGACUGGCUGGAGGCCACAGAUCAAUCCCUGACAUCCCUGCAGCAUCUCCGAGUCGACACGCUGCUUCAGUCUCAGCCAGACCUGCAGAUCUCCAUGGAUGAGCUCUCUCUUACCCACGAGUCCCUCUGCGACGCGGACGCUGUGGCUCCACCCACUGCUGCAGACGUGAGCCUCAUGCCACGCUCCCCUCUCAAGACCUCUCUACAGGAAGACCGGCUUGAGCCCGCAGCUCAGAUGCCCUCACAGGAAGUGAGCUGGGAGCCGCCGCACCUGACCGAGCUCUUAGAGCGAGCACAGGCGGCGGGUGACGUGAAGGGCAUCCUGGAGGAGUCCACCAUCUCCUUCAUCAGUCUGCCAGAGUCAACACUACAGGAUCCUGAGCUCACCCUCACACAGACUCCAGACACAGGAAGUGCUGCACAGGAAGUGGAGUGUGCUGGCCGUGAGGGUGAAUCACAGAGCCGGUCAGAGGAGGCGUUCCCUCGUGCUGUGAUGCUGCUGGAGUUUCAGAGCUCUUCUGCUCAGCAGCAGCGCCGGCGGGAUCGUCUCGCUCAGAGGUCAGCGCUCAGAGCCGCCCAGAUCAAAGCCAGACACCCAGAGUCUGGGAAAACCACACCGGUCCAGAGAGUGUCCAGAGCCACAGGACGCACAGAUCCUGAACCACACACAGCUGACAGACUGAAGAGCGUGGCUGAGGUGCGGAUCUGCUCGGAUGAACACAGACGCCGUGAGGAGGAGCAGAUGUACAGCCGCACACAGAGAUUGUACAGUCAGUUAGAGGAGGUUAAACAGAAGAAGGAGCUGCGGAGCCGUCAGGAAUCAUACGCUAAGAACCGUGAGAAGGCCAGAGACUUCCAGAAGAAGACGCUGGAGAAACUGAGGGCCAAACUGAACCGCUGACGUGUUUGGAGAUUCAUCGCUGCUGUUUGUUAUUAGUCUCAAUCAGAUUUUAAAGUGCCGAGAUAUUUUAUUUUUCUGUGUCUGUAUGUUGUGUAUUUUAAGUAAAAUGUUGUUUUAAUUUAAUCGAGUCAUCAGUGUGAUUGUGAAUAAUAAUACACUGCCCUGUU